AUGGCUUCAGGCACUCCUCGACCUCCUCCAGGUGGUGCAACACCAUUCAACGCGCCGAACGCGCAAAACGCGCCAAACACCCAGUCACAGUCCCAACCUGCGUCCCCUUACUCGGUCACCUCGCCCAGGUACGCGGGCAGCCCAAACAUCCCAGCCACCACCGCGCCUGCGACACCACACAUCGUUCCCAGUCCUGCUACUCCCGGCGUUGCGCCUGGCACUCCAGGCGCAGGCCCCCAACAACACUAUACCACCCAGGCCUUCGCGCCACCCGUCAGUGCGAGCGCGCCUAACACUCCUGGUGCCAUGGGACCCCCUAGCGGCCGACCUCAGCGCGAGUAUGAGUACGACGUCACCGACAGUCUCUUGGGCACAGGCGUGAACAUUCGGGAUGAGGAGAAUGCACUGGCCGAAUACUAUGCUGGAUCUUUUGGUCAGGAUGCGAGGACUGGUCUGCCUUCCAAUGCGCCUGGCAACCGUUCUUCUUUCUACGGCACAGGCUUUGCCAGCCAGCCUGGCGCAGCAACGACUGCGACACAAAAGGAGUUCGAGUUUGCUGAGGCCGAGCGCGCCUGGAACGAGUCAGCGGCUCGUCUGUCUGCGACGCGCGCCAUAGAGCAUAACGACCCCUUUUUGAAUUAUGCUAAUCUUCAUGCCCGCAUGGAAAAGAUGGCUGCGAGCCACGGUCUCGAGCUGAACCUCGACAACAAGAACAGCACACAGGCACACGUCCAGAAGUCCAGGGGCGCCAAUGAAUACCCUGGUCAGGGUGGUCCUAAGCUCACCAUCUCCACAAAGACGAGUCCUGAUGGUGCGCUUGUUCAUAUUAAUGGUACGGUCCUGCCCACCGACAGCUUCCUAAUCGAUCAGCUCGCGCUCUUGUCUCUCGGCACCCGGCAGCGACUGCGAGGUCUCGUCGAGGAGUGCGACAAGCUGGCUACCCACCGCCAGCAAUCCUCGCACGGUGUGAUUCCCAUGUCCUGGGCAGAUGACGGGAUACCCUUGGAGCUGGCUGGUCUCUACGAUCCAAAAGAUGCCGAGCGAAGUGGCAAUUUGGCGCCCCUGAAUCCGCUCUCUCAGUAUCUACGCGACUAUGCCUACGCUGAGCGUGCUGCUGAGGAAGAGAGGCUGCGGAAGCGACAAAAGCGCCUGCAGGAGGAAGGUGGUACGCAGACUGGAACUCGCACCGGUGCAGCCACACCAACCACUCCGGGCUCCGUGGCUCCUGAGCCGGAAAAAGCGCCCACCAAGAAGGAGCAGAAGAAGAUUGCCGCCCAGAAGCACGAUGCGUCGGCCGAGAGCGUCAACAUGACCACGAUGAAAUUCCUGGGUGGUGGGAAAAAGAAGUAUUCCUGGAUGACAGGAGGCGCAGGCAGUGGCCCCAAGACGCCAUCCCGCGCCGCGGUUGGCGCUCCCGGCACUCCUCAAUCCUCAGCGACACCCAAGGCCCCAGAGAACACCAAUCUAACCCCGGAGCCGCGGACCAAGAUGGGUACCUGGCGGGAGUACGGCGAAAAGGGCAAGAACAUUCAGAUCCGAGAUUGGGCUGAGGUCUUGGAGCGCGAUGGGAAAGAGGCGCUUGCUCUGCAAUACGCCUAUCUGAAGUGGAAGAGGGAUUGA